AUGUCACUCAACGAGAAUGACCUGUCGCAGCUCCGUGCUUCUCUCCAGGAUGCUGUUGUGAAGUGUUCCGAGCGAUGUCUGUACUCGUCCGCAAAAUGGGCGGCAGAGCUCCUCAACUCCAUACCCGAGACUCUGAACGAUGUCGAUGUUACCGAUACCGACGCGCCAUACGUCCCGACUGUCUUCACACCGAAUGCGGAUCCAGAAGAAGCUCUUUUGGAAGCUAGGGAGAUUAACAAAUACCUACUCGCGAAAGCCCUGUUCGAUUCGAGAGAGUUCGACCGGUGUGCCGCCGUUUUCUUGCCGGAUUCCAUUUUGACCAGCAUAUUGAACUCCAAGCCUGAAGGUGCCUCGGGUACACCAAAAGGAAAAGGGAAGACACGGCCAGAGACGGAGACGAAGGGCACGAGCAGCAGCGAGCUGCCUAGGCUGAGCCAGAAGAGUUUAUUCCUGGCGCUGUACGCGAAAUUCAUGUCUGGAGAGAAGCGCAAAGAUGAAGACUCGGAAAUGGUCAUGGGUCCGCAGGAUCUCGGAAAUGUGGUCAAUAAACAGCUGAACCCUGUCAGCCGAUUUCUCAGCAACUGGUUCGACGAGCGGACGACGGACGAUGGCGAGAUCCUUGGAAGUCAGGGUUGGCUGGAAUAUCUAUACGGUAUGGUCCUUGCUAAAGAGAAGAACGAAGAAAAGGCCAUGGACUUCUUCAUGCGCAGCGUUCACCUUUACCCGAUGAAUUGGGGCUGCUGGCUGGAAAUGACUUCGCUGAUUUCACGGGUCGACGAUUUGAGCCGCAUAUCGUCACACCUCCCUCAGAACAUCGUCUCCUUUAUCUUCCACCUUCACACCUCUCUCGAGCUUUACCAGCAGGGUCCUGAGCUAGCCAAUUCCUUGGACCAGCUGUUAGGCAUCUUCCCUACCUCGUCAUUCCUCCUCACAUGUAACGCGCUGCUGUCAUACCACGCCAAAGAUCUUGUAGCGGCCGAGCAACAUUUUAGUCGACUGUUAUCACUGCACCCUCACAGACUUGACUCACUAGAUCAUUACUCGAACAUUCUAUACGUUAUGAAUAUGAGGCCGAAGCUUGCAUUCUUGGCACAUCUUUGCUCUAGUAUCGACAAAUUCCGACCUGAAUCUUGCGUGGUGGUGGGCAACUACUACUCAUUACUGUCGAUGCACGAGAAAGCAGUGCAGUACUUCCGUCGGGCGCUGACCCUUGAUCGGACUUGUCUCUCCGCGUGGACACUCAUGGGGCAUGAGUACGUGGAGUUGAAGAACACCCACGCGGCAAUUGAAUCGUACCGACGCGCAGUCGACGUCAAUCGCCGGGACUACCGAGCUUGGUAUGGCCUCGGACAGACGUACGAGAUGCUGGAGAUGCACACAUACAGUCUCUGGUAUUACAAAAAGGCGGCGGGGCUGAGGCCGUGGGACGGCAAGAUGUGGAUGGCUGUCGGUUCGUGUCUGCAGAAGAUGGGUCGUGACCAGGACGGCAUCAAAGCUCUCAAGAGGGCGCUACUGGCAGAUGCUUAUUACGACGUCGGUAGCAGCUUUGGAAGUGGAGGGGACUUCCUGAGCGGCAGGGGUGCUACUGGUCACUUGGAUCCCGAGGUGCUCUACCAAAUCGCGAGCAUGUACGACCAAUUAGAGGAGGAAGAGGAGGCGAAGGCUUACAUGGAGCUCUGCCUCGCUCAAGAGGGUGGGGAGACGGCAGCGGACAAUAAUUUGGGCGAUUCGAUUGCGAUUCACAAUGAUUCGCCCGGGGCUUCAGAUGAUGAAGGCAACGGAGAGGGCCGAGGAGACGGCGGGCACGAGGGUACAGGAGUCACUGCGUCGACGAGCAAGGCACGCAUGUGGCUCGCGAAGCACGCCAUGCGGGCAGCGGACUAUACGACAGCCAAUCGACUUGGAACCGAGCUUACUCAAGACGGCUUCGAGGUUGAGGAGGCGAAGGCGCUGGUAAGGGAAGCCAGGGCGCGGAUGCGGAACGCGGAGAUAGGUCUCAGUCCGUGA